AUGAAAUCGCAACUUCGUGUUGUUACCCAGGAUUUUUCGGAUUUUCGACCUGUGCCGAGGCAACCCCCAGUUUUUCGGCCUGGGGAUGAUUUUGACAAUUGGGAGUUUCAUGUAUCCUUAUACCUUUCCAGUAUUCCCGAAAAGCACGUGGGCCCUUACGUUCUCAGUUUUUUGAGCGAGGAAGCCACGCGCCUCUUCCGCGCAACUGGAAUCCCUCCAACGGCGCCAGCUUCAGAAAUAUGGGAAUCACUGCGCGGACUGUUUCGGAAACAGGAAGCCGCAGUUCUGUAUAGACAGAAAUUCGCUGCUCGUACCCAACAGUCGGGAGAAACGGUCGAAGCGUUCGCGCGCGCACUUCAGGAGCUCUCCUUGAGAGCCUUUCCCGAUCUCUCCAACGCCGAGCGGGAUAAGUGGCUGGCUGAGCGUUUUUGCACCGGGUUGCACGACAGGUCCCUACGUCACCAACUAGCUGGGAUGCUGCCCUGCAGUUUCACGGAUGCCAUGAACAAGGCACAGUUUCACGAGUCCCUGGAUUAA